ACACAUCUCCCGCAAAGACCAGAAGCCAAAGCGAAAUGGCCACCAGAAGAGUCGAAGCCUUCCUCUUCCCACUUCUCCUCCUGCUCCUCUCCUCCAGCUGCCUCUUGGCUUCAUCCUCCAGAUCUGAUCCGGAGAAAAAGCGUUGCGCCAUGGAGUGCAGAGGCAUUCCGGAGCAGCAGCAGAGGAAGCUAUGCGUGCACCGGUGCUUAGACCAUUCCGGCGAGCAAGAAUCUGGAAGAGAGCACAACCCUUACUACUUCGGCCGGCGGAGCUACCAGCAGUGGAGCAGAACGGAGCACGGCAGUUUGGAGGUGCUGGAGAGGUUUGCUCGGACAUCCGACCAGUUGCUGGGCGUCGACAACUACCGCCUGGCGGUGUUGGAGGCGGAGCCGCAGACUUUUAUCAUGCCCUGCCAUUGGGACGCCGAACAGGUGGUUUACGUAAUGCAAGGGCGUGGGACGAUAACACUGCUGCACGAGGAGAGGCGAGAGUCACACGAUAUCAAGAGAGGAGACAUCAUGAGGGUUCCGGCGGGGGUGAUCGUGUAUGCCAUCAACAAAGCCAGUAAUGAGAGGCUCCGAGUCGCCAUGCUCCUCCACCCCAUCUCGACUCCCGGGCACAUUGAGGAGUACCAUGGUGCAGCCGGGAGGAAUCCACAGACCUUCUACACCAGUUUUAGCAACGAAGUACUGGAAGCUGCCUUCAAUACUCCGUGGGAUAAACUAGAGAGGGUGUUUAGGAGCCAGAGGAAGGGGGGAAUCAUAAAGAUAACCGAGGAUCAGAUCAGAGCAUUGAGUGAAUCCAAUACUGAGAGUGGACUCUCAAAUGAGCCAUACAAUCUGCUGGAGAACAGCCCUUCUCAUUCGAAUGAGCACGGUCAACUACACGAGGCCACAGGUAACGAGUGCGAGAUGCUCCAGGAUCUGAAUGUGGACGUAUCCAUUGCUAACAUCAGCGAGAGAUCAAUGAUGGCUCCAAACUACGACACCCGGUCGACCAAGUUGGCCAUGGUGGUGGAAGGAAGAGGCUACAUCGAGAUGGCUUGUCCCCACCGCUCCGCCGAGCGACGCAGAACCCAGGUAGAGACGGGAUCCCAAGGAGAGCAGCGCGUCCGCUAUCGGACCGUGAGAUCGCGAGUCUCCCGUGGGUCGGUGUUCGUGAUCCCCGCAGGGCACCCGGCGGCAGUCGUGGCCGCUGCUAACGAAAACCUUCAGGUCCUCUGCUUCGGGACACGGUCGGAGAACAACCGGAGGUACUACCUCGCGGGGAGGAACAACGUGCUGAACAGACUCGACAGGGCGGCGAAGGCGAUGGCCUUCGGCGUCCCGGCGGAGGAAGUGGAAGAGGUGCUCAAUGCGCAGCCGGAGAGCGUGUUCAUGCCCGGUCCGGAGCGCCGGCGGGAAGAAGAAGAGAAGCGGCGGCAGCUUGUCUUCAAAUAUGCCGGGUUUUGAGUGAGUUGUUGAGCUUGUGGGUAGGGAAUCCUGUUUCGGUGAUCGACGAUGAGUGCGAGAAGGAUAAAUUGGGGCACGGACAAGUGCUUCUGCAGUUCGAAUAAAGAAGUCACAUAGUUUGCGUGCUCCAACAUGUGUUUCUACAUGUUGUUUUGGUGAUCAAAUCCGCUUCUACAGUUUCCGCUGCUCUUCCCACUUCAGCUAC